UAGGAAUUUGAUUUGAGCAGGGUUUUGCUAAGGAAACGAUUGAACGACUUGUCAUUCACUCGCUCGAGACUCCGACCGAAACAAUACAGCGAGAAGGAGAGAAGCAGUGGAGGUAAGAAAAGCAACGCGAAGGAGAGAAGCAGUGAAACUUUGAUUAGAUAAUUAUGCUUUCUGGGAUCAAGGUUAUACCUCGUCAUCAGAUUAAUGAAGAAGAAGAUAAAAAGGGGAAUGAUUCUACAGAAAAGAGAAUAAAGAAGUCAGAUCGUAAAAUGGACAAGCAUAGGAGAAAAAGGAAGAAUUCACAUUACAGUAGUGGCUCAGAUGAUAGUAUUGGAAAAAUAAAUAAAGGAUCUCGGAAAAAGAAGAAGUGGUAUUCGUCUGAUGACUAUUCAUCGGAAGAUUCGAGUGAUGAUGACAGUGAUUACAGUUCUGACAAAAUUGAAAAGGAACAAAGGAAUAGAAGAAAGAAUAAGAGAGGAAAUAAUUACAGUUCUGGGAAUGAGUAUAGCGAUAGGUCAAAGAAGAGACCAAGAAGUGGUAAAAAGCAUGACUCUUCUUCAUCUGCCCCUGAAGAUGAGGGUUAUAAAGGAAGUGGAAAAGGUGGGAGUAAGAAAUAUAAGGAAAAAGGGGGAAAGAGUGUGGCUAAUGAUUUAACUGAUGAUGGUAGAGAGGACAUAGAAAUUACAAGAAAGGAAAUGGGAUUGGAUUGGAUGCUUAGACCUGCAGAUAGAAGACCUGCAGUGAAUGUUGAUGAGCAGCCUGAGAAACCAGCUCUUGAGGAGAUGAAGAGUGUAGAUCCUAGGGAAUUGAAUCCGUACUUGAAGGAUAAUGGAAGUGGUUAUCCAGAUGAUGCAGAAGAGAAAAGAAAAGGCAAUGACCAACUUCCUCCUUCUUCAGUUGUUGGAGACGGAGGUGCAAGUUGGAGACUGAAAGCUUUGAAGCGUGCACAAGAGCAAGCAAAACGAGAAGGAAGAAAGCUUGAAGAGGUUGUAGAAGAACGAUGGGGUUCUCUUGGUCAAUUAGCUGUCUCUGCAGUAUCUCAUACGGCUGCCCCAGCUCGUGCUCAUCUACAUGCCAUAAAAAGUAGGAGGAGGGGACUGGCAGAUGAAACUGAUGCAACUGAUCAAUGCGAGAGAGAUGUGGAAAAGAAUCGUGGCCACUUGAAGGAUGUAUCUGUCAGACACCCUGAAAUGAGAGCUCCCAAAGUACGCAAUUCUUUAUCCUGGGGAAAACACAAAGGUCAAAACGUGCCUGCAAAAGAUGAAAGCCUUAUUUCUGCUGCAGUAUCUAGCUUAAAUAAGUUCGCUGAUGAUGGAAGUUUCAUGUCCAAAGUUUUUAGUCAGCAGAAUAAUGAUCCUUCUUGUUCUGUUGGUUCCCAAACUAAUCAAGAUGAAAAUGUUGAGCUAAAAGUUGCUUCAUCUGAACUGAAUAAACCUAGUGAAGGCUUCACGACUGUUAAGGAAGCAUUGAGUGCAAACCAGUUGGCAGCUAAAGCCUUGCAGCUUCGUAUGAAAGGAAAGCAUGAAGAAGCAGAUAAGCUCAUGCAAGAAGCUGAGAAUCUAAAGGUGAAGCAAGGCAAUGUAGAUAAUUCGAGUAAACCUCAAAAAGUUGGAAGCACCAAAAGGUAUGUUGUUCAAGAUAUUUCUGCUCGAAGAAAGGAGGAGGAUGCUGAUAGACAUCUAGCUCAGAAGAUCAUUCAGAAUAAGCAGUACAGUUUAUCUGGUCGGGCAGACAAUGAGUAUGAUUUUGAGGAUGGUCCUAGCAGAAAAUCUAAGAAGAAGGGGAUAGGUAAUGAUCACAAAUCGACAGAGAAAAAUGUUCUCGCAAAACGCAUCUUGACCCAGCAAGAGCGAUGUCUUUUUUGCUUUGAGAAUCCAAUCCGUCCAAAACAUCUCGUUGUGUCGAUAGCAAACUUCACAUAUUUGAUGUUGCCACAGUGGCAGCCUGUUGUUCCAGGCCAUUGCUGUAUCUUACCACUGCAGCAUGAAUCGGCCACAAGGAUGGUUGACAAUAAUGUAUGGGAAGAAAUUCGCAAUUUCAAGAAAUGCCUUAUAAUGAUGUUCGCAAAGCAAGAGAAGGAUUUAGUGUUUCUUGAAACAGUAAUGGGGUUGGCAAAACAACGCCGCCAUUGUUUAAUUGAGUGCAUUCCCCUGCCACGUGAAAUUGCUAGACAGGCUCCUCUCUAUUUUAAAAAGGCAAUUGAUGAAGCUGAAGAUGAGUGGAGCCAACACAAUGCAAAGAAGUUAAUUGAUACAAGUGUAAAGGGGCUCCGCAAUUCAAUUCCUAAGGACUUCCCUUACUUCCAUGUUGAGUUUGGUCUAAACAAGGGGUUUGUCCAUGUGAUUGAUGAUGAGGAGCAAUUUAAAAGCAGCCUUGGUCUCAAUGUAAUAAGAGGCAUGCUACAAUUGCCAGAGGAAGACAUGCAUCGUCGUCGAAGGCACGAGUCAGUGGAGGCACAAAAGCAGGCAGUUGCACAUUUCGUACGAGAUUGGGAACCCUUCGACUGGACGAAACAACUUUCUUGAAUUAAAAAAAUGCAACUCUUAUGUAUUUGUGGUGUUACAAAUUCUUUUGUAUUAGAAGUAGUGUUACAUAUAAUGAUUAAUUAUACUAUAUUAGUGACUUAUUUGACUAGAGAGAAUUCCUUUACCUUUUUCAAAUGAAAGGAUUGUAUAAAUACAGUAAUUAUGUAAUAAAUUUAUUGUAGAAUACAGUAAUAAUUAUGUUGAA